AACGUGCACAGUAUUAUCUUUCAUUGUAGCAAGUAUUAAUAUACAGCUAAAUGUGCACAGUAUUGUCUUUUUAUAAUAGUAUUAACAUAUAGCUUACAGAUAUUUUCUGUAAGAUUUUAAACAAUAUAAAUAAAAAUUAAUUUGGUGAUUUUUUAUAAGAUAAAAAUUAAAAUUAAAAAUUACAAAGUACAAAAUAAUCAUAUAAUAAAUCUCAAGAUAUUUUUAAUAUCUAUAAUAAGUUAAUUAAUAAUUGGAGAAAGUAUAUUUUAAAAAAUAUGACUGGUCCAUUAAGAGAUCAACCAUGGGGUUUACAAAUCAUAGAAUAUAUGAUUUCCAAAUGUUGUCCUCAUCAUCGAAUCAAUCGAAUGACAUGGCAUCAAGGUGGUAUUUUGUUACUCACAUAUUUAGCAUACACAUGUUACCAUAUGACACGAAAACCUAUGUCUAUUGUAAAAAAUGUGUUGAGUUUUAAUUGCAGUACUUUAUCACCUCCUCCAAACUUUUUAAUUAAUAGUAGUAAUCGAGAUACAUGGUGUGAUUGGGCUCCAUUUGACACUGCUGAUGCUCCAGCAUUGCUUGGCAUAUUAGAUUCAGCAUUUCUGUUUGCAUAUGCUGCAGCCAUGUUCCUCAGUGGUUUUAUAGCAGAAAGAGUAAAUCUACGAUAUUUUCUUACAUUUGGCAUGCUUGCAUCUGGUAUUUCUUGUUAUCUCUUUGGUAUUGCUAGGCCAUAUAAUAUUCAUAAUUUAUGGUAUUUUGUUCUUAUUCAAGCAAUAGGUGGUGUUUUUCAAACAUCAGGUUGGCCAGGUGUAGUUACAGUUGUAGGAAAUUGGUUUGGAAAAGGAAAAAGAGGAUUAAUUUUUGGAAUAUGGAAUUCUCAUACAUCAUUAGGAAAUAUUUUAGGCAGUUUAAUAGCUGCUGAAUUUGUGGAAUCUGAUUGGGGUUUAAGUUUUAUGGUACCUGGAAUAAUAAUGGGUCUUGCAGGAUUUAUAAUAUUUUUAUUUCUUGCACCAAAUCCUAUAGAUAUAGGAUGUAUACCACCUGUCCCAACUAAAUAUAGAAAAUUUGAUACUAUUCAUAGUUCAGAUGAGGAUAGUGGUGCAGAGGAUUAUGAUCAAUCAUAUAAUCGUCUCACUUAUCGCUGUGCCUACCGCGAACAGGUUGAUAUUGAUAAUAUAGAAACUGCACGAUCUGAAACUAGUCCAAUAUUACAAAGGCAUAGACAUGUACAAGAAAUUCAUAGAGGAAAUGCAAUUGGAUUUGCAAAAGCAAUGAUGAUACCUGGAGUAAUAGAAUAUUCUCUUUCCUUAUUUUUCGCAAAACUUGUUAGUUAUACAUUCCUGUAUUGGUUACCAUUAUAUAUUGCAGCCUCAACUACAUAUGGCACAACAUUAAGUGCAGAUUUAUCUACUUUUUUUGAUGUUGGUGGUAUUGUGGGCGCAAUAGCAGCUGGUAUUUUAUCUGAUUAUAGUGGUACAAGUGCUCUAACAUGUGCAGUCAUGCUUGGAUUUGCAGUUCCUAUUUUAUUCAUAUAUGACUACAUUGGAAGCACUGGAUGGACAUUCAACAUUAUAUUAUUACUAAUAGCAGGUCUAUUAGUAAAUGGACCAUAUGCCUUAAUAACAACUGCAGUAUCUGCUGAAUUAGGAACUCAUCCUAGUUUAGGAAACAAUUCUAAAGCUUUAGCUACAGUUACUGCAAUUAUUGAUGGCACAGGAAGUAUUGGAGCUGCUGUAGGUCCAUUACUAGCAGGAGUAGUAGCACGUUGGACUGGUUGGCAUAAUGUGUUUUAUAUGCUUAUGAUUGCAGACAUGUUGGCAUUAUUGCUUUUGUCAAGAUUAGUUUAUCGAGAUGUACAAAUAUAUAGACGACGACGAAGAACUAUUUAAUUUUAUUCUUAUUAAAAAACAAUGAGUAUAUAUGUACAAAUAAAUAAGUUCUUAAAUAUUUAUUUGUAACUUAAAUCAUUUUAUAAA